UCAGUCUACUUUCAUCACCCAAACACCAAACUAAACAUGAGUUCGCUCUUCAGAGAGACUACAAUCUCCAACGAAGAUGAACAAUGCAUGUUUGCCAUGGAACUGGCCAGUGCUUCGGUGGUCCCCAUGGUUUUGAAAGCGGCCAUCGAGCUCGAUGUGCUAGAGAUCAUAGCCAAAGGUGGGCCAGGAGCCCACCUCUCAACGUUGGAGAUUGCCCGUUGCCUCCCCACACAGAACCCCGAUGCCCCCACCAUGCUUGAUCGGAUGCUGCGACUCCUGGCUAGCUACAACGUGCUCACGUGCUCCGUCGUCAUGCUCGAUGGCAGCAGCUGCAGCAUCGAAAGGCGGUAUGGUUUGGCACCUGUAUGCAAGUUCCUGAUCAGGAAUCAAGAUGGUGUGUCCAUUGCACCCUUGGUGCUGAUGAACCAGGACAAGGUCACCAUGGAGAGCUGGUACUACUUAAAAGAUGCGGUGCUGGACGGAGGAAUCCCAUUCAACAAGGCCCAUGGAGUCUCAGCAUUUGAGUACCACAGCACAGAUCCAAGGUUCAACAAGAUCUUCAAUAGGACCAUGUCUGAUCACUCCACAUUAGUCAUGAAGAAGAUUCUAGAAACAUACAAAGGGUUCGAUGGCCUCAAAGAGCUGGUGGAUGUGGGUGGUGGGGUGGGGUCCACUCUCAACAUGAUCGUUUCCAAGUAUCCCCAGAUCAUGGGCAUUAAUUUCGAUCUGAACCAUGUGAUUGCCGAUGCGCCGGCUUAUACCGGUGUGGUGCAUGUUGGGGGAGAUAUGUUUGUUAGUGUUCCAAGGGCCGAAGCCAUUUUCAUGAAGUGGAUACUUCACGACUGGAGCGACAAACAUUGCAUGAAACUUCUAAAUAACUGCUACGAAUCGUUGCCGGAGUCUGGAAAGGUUAUCUUGGUGGAGUCAGUGAUCCCAGAAGUUCCUGGAACGAGUGUUGCCACUGAUGGAGUUUUCCAUCAAGACAUGAUCAUGUUGGCCUACAAUCCUGGAGGAAAAGAGCGGACCCACAAGGAGUUCGAAGCCCUCGCAAAAAGAGCUGGAUUCAAUGGUUGUAGAGCUUUGUGCUGUGUUUACAACGCUUGGAUCAUGGAAUUCUACAAAAACAUCUGAUGCCUUUUCAUAUAUCUGUUGGAGCUUCCCUUUUGUAAUAAAGAUUUCAGAGUUUGUAUUGAA